AACGUGUGCGAUUAUUGCGCGGUCGCGCCGGCGAUCAUAUUCUGCCGCGCGGACAGCGCGAAGCUAUGCGCGCAGUGCGACGCGUCGGUGCACUCGGCGAACCAGCUCUCGAGACGCCACGUCCGGUCGUGGCUCUGCGACGGAUGCUACGCGUCCAGCGCGACGGUGAGCAACCCGGACGAUAAGGUGGUCAUGUGCGGCCCGUGCGACACCCUCGCUCGGUCCGCGGACAUGUUUAAGCAGUCGCGCACGGAUCACCGACGCGAGACGCUGAAAUCGUUUUCGCUCGCCGAGGACGCGGGCGAAGAUUCCUACGACGGCGGCGUCGACCUCGCGCGGCAUCCGUUCAAGUCGCAGUACACGCUCCGCGGCGGCGUCACGAGCGGCGACGCGAGCGGCGGCGGCGUGAAGGUGGAACACGACAACUCUCGCGAGGGGAGCGCUCCCGCGCCUGGCGACGGCGGCAUGGGCGACGCCGGCGCGGGUUCCUACGACGGCUUCAACCGACCGCGCGUCGGCAUCGCGCCGCCGAGGCAGGGCGCGCCUGGCGUCGCGAACGUCGGUCAGUUUUACGGCGGCGCGCCGUAUUUCGGCGGCGGCGUCGCGGGGGGACCCGCGCCCGCGCCCGGACCCGGACCCCUGGCGCGAGAGCAUCACAACGCGCGAACGCAGUGGCCGGCGCCGGGAUCCGCGUGGCCCGCGCCGGGGCGCGCGUCGCCGCGAUCGUCCGCGCACCUCGAGCCUUGGAACGCCGCCGCAGGGCCGUACGGCGGGUCGAACGCGAACGGGGUCGGGACGGGCGGCCAGACGGGCGGCCAGACGGGCGAGCCCGGGGUGGAUUACCUUCAGCGGAUGGGAUCCGGCAGUUCCAUCUACUCGGACAUGGGCGGCGUCAUCGCGCAGUGGGGGACGAACCCGAGCGCGCACGCGGCGCUGAUGCGCACGCCGUCGGACCCCAUCGACAUGUUCAUGAAUUUCAACGCGAGCCAGGGCGGUUUAUCCCCCACGACGAGCGAAGGCGCGGGCGGCGGCGGCGGCGGCGGGUUCGGCGCGACGGCGAGAUACGGCGACUCGACCGGGUUCGGCGUCGGCGGGCCGAGCGGCGCCGGGAUGGGGAUGCCGCCGGUGGGCGGGUACCCGGUCGCCGCGUUCGCGCACGCGCCGCCGUACGCGUAUCAGCCGCCGCAGCCGUUGACGCGCGGGCCGCCGUCGAGCGGCGAGAUGGUUGGCGGCGGCGGCGGCGGCGACACCAGCGCGAGGAGCGCGUCGCCGCCGUCCGGAGCCGGCGGCGAGCUGUACCGCGACAAGCGCGCGAGCAACAACAGCAGCGGCUACGGCUCCGGGGGCUCGCACUACAACCUCGUCGCGUUGUCGUCGCAGCAGCCCGGGUCGUUUCAACACGCGCCGGGCCAGCCGGGGCUGCACGCUCCGGCGCACAGCGGCGGGCAACCGAUCGGGUACGCGCCGCCGCCGUUGAACGCGCACCACCACCACCACCACCACCACAGCGGCGUCGGGCCGGGGCCGGGGAGCUCCGGCGGGUUCUAUCCGCCGUACGGCGCGAGCGUCGCGGACGGGAUGUACGCGCAGGGGCCGUACAAUCCACACGGCGUGCCGCCGCCGAUGCACUUUUCGUCUCGACCGGGGAGUUACUCGGGCGGGCUCGCGCACGGGUACCGCUCCGGAAGCGGCGGCAGCGACAACGGCGGGCUGUCCAACCGCGGGUCAUACGGCGACGGCGGCGGCAACAGCAGCGGCGACGGCUCCGGGUCGAAGCAGGUUGGCGGCAAGGACGGCGCCGGCGUGGACAGCGCGCGGUCGGGAGACUCGGCGAACACGCGCGCUCACGGCUCCAUGGCUCCGGGCACCGCGGGACGCAAGGACAUGCUCGCGAGGUAUCACGAGAAGCGCAUGCGACGGCUGUUCAAGAAGAAGAUUCGCUACGCGAGCCGUAAGGUGCGCGCGGACAACAGAGUGAGGAUUAAAGGGCGGUUCGCGCGCGCGGACGCGCCCAUCGCGGCCAUCGACAAGAGCUCCGUGCACAAGCACAAGGACGUCGUCAAGGCGGAGGAAAUUCCGAUCGACGGCGACGGCGAGGAGACGGAGGCUGGGCCGCUCGCGACGCCAGCGAUACCGCCCGGCGCGUGCGCGUGAGCGCGCGCGUCGUCCAGUCUGACGCGCUCACUAAUACGCGUCAGUACUGAACCCGGGACCCGGGACCCUUACACGACGGACGGGACGCGUUACGCCGCGGCUAAGAAGAGCCGCGCGCGAGACCGCCCGCAUCGUUCGUUUUUUUUCACCAUCAUCACACCCCGCCGCUCGAGACGCGUCGCCGCCGCGGUUGAUGGCGGGUUCGGGAGACUGGCUCGAACCCUUCGUCGACCGCGCGCGCGACCGCUCGAGCGAAGGACGGGCUCCGCCCUGGGUGACGUUUGGUCAUUAUUUUAUAUUCUUUCGCCGAUUUGGCGCGCGUCGACGUGGCCACGACGACACUCGUCGUCGCUCGUCGCGCGCGAGAGGUUUUCUGUAUCAACAAGGGACAGGCCGCUUUAGAAGACUGACACGAUAUUAUUGUAACAAAAGUCAUAGCUAGAGAU